AUGCUGCAGAUCUGUAAAGAGAGUGGCCGAGACCUCGCCAGGGAGACCCGCAAGGGCAAGGCCAAGCUGCGCAGCACAUCAGCCAAGUCACCACCAGCCAUUUCCCUUGCUCCCUGCUCACCCCUUCCUCGCCUAACUCCCACUUGCUUCCAGCCUGUCUUUCCCCUUCUCCUCUCGCAGCUUACCGUAUCCCUCUCACGUGUGGGUAAUAAUGAGCCAUAG